AUGGAAGAAAUAUCAUCGUCCACCUCAUCUGCUGAAGAUUUGAAACUAUUGGGUAAUAAAUGGUUUGCAGAGAGAAAGUAUGAAGAUGCUAUUCGAGCCUACUCCGAGGGUAGUCUAAAGGAUGCGAAUGAACCUGCAUUCCCUUCGAACACAGCGGCGUGCUACUUUGAACUUGGACAAUAUGAAAAGUGUAUAGAGCAAUCAAAGCGUGCAAUCGACAUCAUCGAUAGGAUAGCAUCGAGCGAUCCCAAACAGAUUAGAAAGAAGAAUGUCAUUAGAAUUGCAAGAUCACUCUAUCUAUGUGCUGUCGUUGGCAACAAGUCGAGAUUAACAGAGUAUCUGUCGGCGUUACCAUCGCUCUAUGAUGACGAUAACGAUAUCAAUGCCAUUAGAAAACGAUUAGUAUCGAUUGAAGAACCAACGGCGGAAACAGAUCGGUUCCUCACUCAUGAGCUUCCACGUAUUUCGCCGGCAAGAGAGAACAAUGCGAUCGAGUACUUUGCAGUGGGACACGAUACUGCUACCAGUGCAUUGAAAGGCUACUGGGAUGAAUCAAAGCCUGUUGAACCUACGGAAAAGGAUGGUCCAUUACCGAGAUUGGGUGAGGACCAGAGUGCAAGGCUACUAUUUAAACAGCAUCCAAAGCUGUCGUUCUUUUUCGGUGGUGUGAGUGACGGUCGUCAUGUAAUCUAUACGUUGGCAGAUGCUAGGCGUCAACUCGACGAUAUCAAAGGUCGUGACGAUGUGAAGCUACACAUUGUAAUGAAUGAUCUAUUACCCACGUGUUUGGCAAGAGAUAUACUGGUACUUUCAAUACUUGCAGAUCUUGGCGAAGCGGAAUCACUGGAGUCAAUCUACACUACCGAUAAUAAAGAUAGAUAUGGUAAACUGGCAGUAUUACUGUACUAUAUCUAUUGUGGUGUCGUCAUGCCAUCGGAUUCAUUCGAUCUAUUGAUGACUAGAAUCGAGCGACUCAUCGAACAAGGCAAUACAAAAACAUUGCCAGCAUGGUUGGCUGUCGUCGACGAUCAACAAUGGAGUGCAUUGGCAAAGGUAUUUAGAUAUUGGCGUAAAGGCAACUCUUGGAUCUCACCAAAGGAAAUCUUAGAGGCUCACAAGCUGUCAACGUCGAUGGAUGUCCUCGACGCAGAUACGCCGGAAGGAGUAACAAAUCCGAUAACUGCAAUGAAGGAUGAAAAGAGCAGGUUGAUGAGUCAGCUCUGUGAUCCUGCAUUCCUUGCGCAAAUGGGUCUACCAGAGGAUAAGAAAGCAGAUUUUAUGAAAAUGGUCAAUAGCGGUGCAUUGGAUGAUAUGAUGAUGGGUGGAACUGCAACUACAUUGCCACUAGCAGAGGAAACCGGUUUGCUAUACGCUUCGAAAGUACUGCUACCUCCUGUGAUCGUCGAUAGCGAUCAAUAUCAACAACAACUCGAAAGAAUCUAUCAUACUGCUUGUCAAAAGAAAUACGAUUACAAAGAUUCAAUACAAUCGGUGACCGAAGGCGUUGCCAAUACAUGGAAAACAAACAUUACGAUUACCGACGAGUUUUGGCGUGGUAUUGGAUGUUAUACCUUUGAUCCUAUAUCAGCUGUUUCAAACUUCUACGAAAUGAAAUGGGUUGGUGAACCAUCACAAGACAAACCACGUCUAUUUGAUUACUUUAUCAAUGUAUUCUAUCAAGCUGCUCAAGGUUUGGUUGGAUUGUCCAAGCAGAAUGCAUUGCUAAUCGAACCGAUUUCUGGAGAUCUACAUUUGGUGUUGGAUGAUAUAGUAAUCAAUAAGAAUCAACGUAUCGCUAAGGGAUAUGCAAGUGAAUUCGAUACUAUCUACUUGAGUAAUGUACCGGAUUACACUGGUUACAUAUCAAUCUUUAGCAAUAUAGUGCUGUCACUCAAACGUGAACAACAUUGUUCUGUUGCCUUCAAUAGUCUACUUAAUCCCGGACUAUUUAGAAGUCUGGAUGAAGUACUCAACACCUAUCUUUUGAUACCUUCAAAAGAGUUGCUUGCCAAACAUAUCGGUGUUGAGCAUCGCUUUGGUGAUCAGUGGUCAACCUACCAACACUAUGGCUAUAGUCAAGCUGCCACCUCGCUCGACAACCUCUUGAGUCGUGACGAACUAACGGCAUGGCUCACCAAAUUGUUUAUCUCCAUUGCCUUGCCAGCUCCAAAUCCACCAAUGCAAGCAUGUAUGGUGAACGCACCCAACAACAUUUCGGUAUUCUUUUGUCUCGUUAAGCGAUUAGUUGAUAUUGGUUAUCCACGUCAUUGGCUACAAAGUAUCAUUGAACAAAUAGCCAGUGGUUUCGUCAAUUCCUCAUCGACUUCAAUUCAUCCCAAACGUGUAAUAGCUGUAACCAAUACAACGGAAACAGCUAGACGAUUCUCGUUGUGUGCUCUACAGUUAGAGUUUACCAAUCAGGCAGCACUCUGGUUAGAGCAUUGUGGUUUUCGUAUCAGCUCACCGGUGCUACCAUUGGCAUCAUCAAUUCAACGUUGGACACUACCACUGACAUUUACAGACCAUGGUAGAGGCAACAAUGAAUCUCCUUCAUUGAUGGUUGUCAUUGAGUAUCCAUCGAUUUCCGAAAGUCAACGAAUGAAGAAACACAACCCAUUCAAACCUGAAAUGGAUGAAAAGUAUCGUUAUCAAAUCGCUCUUUUACCGACCAAGGAAAUAGCACAAAUCCUAUCGGUCAUCGAAUUCAGUCAAGAGAAAAGUACAGUUUCGUUCUGGUUGAGUCUUAAGGAUAUGGAUCAUCUUAUUAAUAAGAAUUGCGUACUCUCUGUAUUCCGUAAAGAUCAUUGGAAAGCAAUAUCCGCUCCAAUUGUUUUAUCAUAUUCUAAAUUUUUACAAAUCGUAAUCAGACCAAAAAAAUAA